UUCUGGCAUGGCACUCAUGCACAACUCGCGACCCUGGCUCGUGCUCGUAGUGACGGCACAGGACGUCCUUGCAGGUACGGCGCUCAAGGCGGCCUUGUCUGUCCCUGCCGUCGACGUCGUCCAGCUGCGACUCGGCCAAUCGCAGGGGUCGGCGCAUACGACGUCUGCAUUACUGGACGCGAUGCGCAUUCUUCCGUCAAUGGGAGAGCAGUUGACCAAACCUCCUCUGUAUGUGGUCAAUACCCCUAUUGGAUUGCCAGAUAGUACUCCACGGCUUGACGGGUGGCAUUACCCCGAACGUUGCUUGUCAACGUUGGAGGGAAUGCUGGAGCAACAUGGACGUGGGUUCUUUGGUGUGUCAGUGCAUGCCGCGGCGUCUGCCGAAACUGCAGCUGCUCUGGGCGCCUCGUAUAUUCAGGUUGGAACAAUGUUUCCAACGGCCUCCCAUCCCGAAAAGACUUGCGUGGAAGGCCCUGAGCUCAUCAGGCAAGUUCGGCAAGCACUACCCUCGGCAACUUUGAUUGGUGUUGGAGGCAUCACCGACGCGAAUUGUGUGGACGUGUUGCAAGCGGGCGCAAGUGGCGUUGCAGUUAUUCGUGCCAUUUUGGAUGCUGACAAACCCGACGUUGCCGCCCUGAAGCUUCGUCAGGCCCUUGAUGUCUAUCAACCCAAGACGUAACACGUCUAAAUCAACCUGCGCAUCGUUGGGCUUCCUCCCUCGUCGUGCGGUCGGCCCAAGCUCUUCCUCACUUCCAGAUUGUGAAUGGAUUGUUCAUCGUGAGCGAAACAAAAAAACGCUUCCGUGUGGAAGAAACGUAACCUUAUAAACCAAUGAAAUGAUGGGGAUGGGUUCCGAU